CUCAUGCUUACAGUGAAACCAUGGCAACCAAUGAUAAAGUAGCCAUCUUAACUGAUGAUGAAGAAGAGCAGAAGAGAAAAUAUGUGCUUGCUGACCCUUUCAGUGAGAUUCCUAAGGAGCAAGACCUCCAAAGCCAAAGUGAUACUCCUUCAACUGAGACCACUACUAUUCCAGACGAAGAGCUUGAUUGGCUUGAAAGACACUGCGUGAAAGUGAAUAAUGAUCUCUUGAUCUCAAAAGUUUUUUAUUUUUUCUUUUAUGCUGCUUAUGGUUCCCUGUACCCAUUGCUUCCUGUAUACUACAAACAACUAGGCAUGACUCCCAGCCAGAGUGGACUCCUGGUAGGGAUUAGAUACUUCAUUGAAUUUUGCAGUGCUCCGUUUUGGGGAGUGGUAGCAGAUCGCUUUAAAAAGGGGAAAGUUGUUCUUCUCUUCUCCCUAUUAUGCUGGGUGCUGUUUAACGUGGGAAUUGGAUUUGUUAAGCCAGCAACCUUAAGGUGUGUAAUAAAGAAACCUAUCCCCGUUCUCCCUACCAAUGCCAGCCACCUUACAGCAGCAUCCCCGCAAAAUAUCUCCAUUUCUUCCAUCAUGCCCACUCUGGGAAGUACGAUAACAAAAGGUCGAGGGAAAAGAGAUUUGCUGACUUACAGCUUGCCAACUCUGAGCUCAGCUUUGCCCACGAAUUCAAAAACCUUUUCUCCAACUAUUCAAAAUGGAGCUAGGAAGCAUGCUUUAAAAGAAGAGGGUGCAACUGUUGCCAGUGCACCAAAAGGUAUUGUUACUGCGGGUCUGUUGGGAAACACCAGCCACACCACAGCAUCACCUGCAGUCACUACAAAAACAGCCCCUCCUGCCCAUUUUACUCUUGUAUAUGAUCAUCAGGAGGUUGAAGCGAUCUUCUUGCUCAUCCUCCUUGUUGUGAUUGUGGGAGAGUUUUUCAGUGCCUCCUCAGUCACUAUAGUGGACACCGUGACACUGCAGUAUCUUGGCAAACACCGGGACCGUUAUGGGCUACAACGAAUGUGGGGAUCUCUGGGCUGGGGACUGGCCAUGCUGUCGGUAGGCAUUGGCAUUGACUCUACCCGUAUUGAUGUGCUCAUUGAAGGCCAAGGCUGUAAGGCUCCAGACUACAAGAACUACAGGAUUGUUUUCAUAGUCUUUGGAGUCUUGAUGACACUCUCUUUGAUUGUGGCCACCCAGUUCAGGUUCCGGUACAAUCACUACAAGCAAGAGGAAAACCAAAGCACUGAGCCAGAGGAUUCCGGCGUGGACAGAAAUUCCUCCACAGAUUCCUCCCAUGACACUCAGAGUGAUACAAGCCAGUCCCAGUCUUUCAGUUUUUGGGACUUGAUUAAGCUGCUCUGCACUAUCCAAUAUGGCUCAGUGCUGUUUGUGGCAUGGUUUAUGGGUUUUGGAUAUGGCUUUGUGUUCACCUUCCUUUAUUGGCACCUGGAAGAUCUGAAUGGCACCACCACGCUUUUUGGAGUUUGCUCUGUUUUAAGUCACAUCUCUGAACUGACUGCAUAUUUCUUCAGCCACAAGCUGAUUGAGCUGAUUGGUCACAUCAGAGUUCUGUAUAUCGGUCUUGCCUGCAAUACAGCUCGUUAUAUUUAUAUCUCCUAUCUAGAAAAUGCUUGGACUGUUCUGCCUAUGGAAGUCCUUCAAGGUGUGACCCACGCAGCCAUCUGGGCAGCUUGCAUUUCCUAUCUAAGUGCUGCUGUGCCCCCGGAACUGAGGACGUCAGCCCAGGGGAUCUUGCAGGGUCUUCACCUUGGCCUGGGCAGAGGAUGCGGAGCAAUGAUUGGUGGAGUGUUGGUCAAUUAUUUUGGAGCUGCCUCAACUUUCAGAGGGAUAGGAAUGGCUUUUCUUGUUAUCCUCUUGCUUUUUGCUUUGAUUCAGUGGAUGGCAGUUCAGGAUGACAAAGAAGACAAGACCAUGCUGGCCGAAAGGAUCCCGGUGCCUUCAAGUCCGGUGCCCAUUGCCACAAUUGAUCUGGUACAACAGACCGAAGAUAUUAUGCCUCGCCCGUUGCCCAAGCUUCCUGCCAAAAAGACCAAGCACCAAGAAGAGCAGGAAGACGUACACAAGCCUGCUUGGGGUGUCAGUUCUUCACCCUGGGUUACUUUAGCCUAUGCUAUUUAUCAGAUAAAAGAGAUGGUUCAGCUCUCCAAAACCAAUCAGGCACUCGAGAACCAGCCUUUGCAGAAUGCCAGCAGUAAUCAUGAUUCCACACCAAAUAGUCCUCUGGAUCAAAGACCUGAUGGUACAGUGGUAGAACCGUCAGUACCUACAGCUACCCCUGAAAACCACCCCAGUUUGGACUGCCCUGUUUCUUUGGGAAGCCGAGCUCAGUCUCCCGAGAGAGGGCAGGAAUAGAACUUUCUUGAAUCCAUCUCGCAGCACUGAAUACUGCUCUUGGCAAUCAGAAAAAAGACUGAUGUGGGAGUUUGAGACCUCACCUCUUUUCCUCUUGGCAAUAGUAACCUGAUGCGGCCAAAGCUUUUAAAAUAUUUAAUGCCUUUUCUGUGACAACACCUGAGGCCUGUUGCAGGAACAGUUUGAAGGCUAAGCAAAAGCGGCCAGGUUAAUGACUAGCAAAGGAGCAUGCUAUUUCAUCUGAAGUUAUUUUUCCCCCCACCUGAAUGGAAGUGUUGUAAAACAAACACAUCUGAUUGUCUUGAUAAUUUUCUGGAUUGUAAUUAAUUUUCACAGACAAAACCCCCCGCCGUUCAAUUUUGUUUCCUCUUACUUAAUGCACUUGAACAUUUUAAUUCAAUAUUAGGGAAAGGGAAGACAAGAGCUCGUGGCAGUUUUUUCUUAGACAGUGAUUAUUUAUUAUGAGGUGCAGGCUUUCCUACAGCAGUUAAUCCACCAAAACCUCAGAGAAAAUACAGUAGUUAAAUAUGGAAAUGAAGGAAGGAGCCCCAUAGAAUUCUGUCUUUUGUAAAGACUUUUCAGAGAUGUUGUAGAACUUUUGGCUGGUAAAAUUCUACAUGAAACAUCUGUUGAAACCUUUCUAACCAGACAAGCGGCAUUUAUGUUGCUGUGGCCAAGCCAUAGAGCAUUAGUAAGGGCAUUUUAGAAAGAAACAGAACAGGAAAAUGUGGUUCUCCAUAAUUCUACAAAAACGGGAUAUGGGUUGGAAUUUGUGAUGUUAUGUUUGAAGACCUGGACUGUGAUGAUACAGUUUGACGGUACUGAUGAUUUUAUAUGGGAUGGAUCUGCCAAAGAGGGAUUGUCCUACAGAAGCAGUCUAUGUGGAUUCUCUUUUUUUGCCUCUCUGGUGUGUGAUGGGGAAACAUGAUUCCUUCCCCUCAGGCAGAUCUGAGAAGUUCCUACUUAACUUGUGUAGCACAAUAACAACAAAGGGUCAAAAAUGUCUAGCUUUGUUAGAUUUUUGGAGUGGUGAUGCUGAUGCCACGUUCCUGAGGCCUGCAGUCUGUUCUGAAAGCCGGUGAUGAGAGGCAUAUAUAUCAGCUGUUUCUUGAGAAGUUUUUCUUAGCCAGGCCGAUAUAGUUUAUUUUAUGAUAGAGUAUCUUUAUUUAAGGGGAAA